CACCGACCGAGUGGCGACUGCUGAACGGAGCGAGGCGCAAAGCACGCGGCGGGGGAAGAGACUCUCUCGGUCUCUGUCUCUCUCUGUCUCUCUCUCUCUGUGUCUCUGUGUCUCUGUCUGUGUCUCUCUCACUCUGUCUGUCUGUCUCUCUGUCGAUAGACGGGGAACACACGAAGAUCGAUUUGCGUGUGACUCGUAGCGCAUUGCAGACGGGGGGCGUCUGGUAGCGAGUUCAGUGUCCCGUCUGCUGUAGAUAGACACAGAGUGGUGGUGGUGCUGGUUGUGGUCGGUGGAACGACGGCUUGCAACAACAACAACAACCACAACGAUGAGGACGACAAGCUAAACCAAACAAGUCAUCAUCGUCGUUGUUGUUGUUUCGUUCCGUGUCCGUCCAACCUCGACCGUCUUCGCCGUGCGGAGGAGCGCGCCAGAGGCGAAGCUGUAGCGGAGAAAUGCGGCACAAAAGGAGCUGCUGCUGCUGUGGGGAAGCACGCAGAGCGUCCACAACGCUCGUCGUGUAGCCUGAAUCUCCCCACCCCCUGCCCGCCUCGCCGCUUUCUAGCCACCUAAAUCAAAGACAGAGCUCAGGACGCGCGCCCGCGCGAUCCCAGCCAUGGAUAUAAAAGCGAAGAACCUGGAUGUUACGACGUACCUCCUGGACGCCGAGGGCAACUUCAUGGAGGACACGCCGAGGCCCCCGGUGCCGGGCGAGGAGGACCAAGUGGACGUGAGCAAGGCCGCGGCCCGCGCUGGCCAGAACCAGAGCCCUUACGUGGCCAAGGGGGAUGCCUUGAAGGGCGAGGCGACCACCGCCACGCCACGCAGGGCCGACUAUGACCUGGGUUACGAGCCCGAGGGCAGCGCGUCGCCCACGCCGCCGUAUGUGCGCUGGGGCGAGUCGCUGCAUUCGCUUCUGGACGACCGCGACGGCACGCACCUCUUCCGCACCUUCCUGGAGCAGGAGGAGCUGCCCGACAUGCUGGACUUCUGGUUCGCAUGCAACGGCUUCCGCAACCUGCUCGCCAAUAAGAUGGGCAAGGCGGCGCGCCUCAUCUACAAGCGCUACGUGAGCGACACGGCCGGCGUGGUGGCGGCGCACUUGAAGGCCGCCACGCGUGCGUACGUGCGCGACUGCGUGCUGGCGCGCGGCGUGGCGGACCCCACCGUCUUUGACCAGGCCCAGCUCGAAAUCCAGCAGCAGAUGGAGGAGAACAGCUACCCGGCAUUCCUCAAGUCCGAACUCUACCUGGAGUAUGCCCGUGCUGCCGGCUGCUGUGGUGAGGCCAGCCCCGGACAGCAGCUGCAGCAACAGCAGUUGCAGCAGCAGAAGGGCGGCGAGCAGGGUUCCGGCUCGGGCUCCGGGUCGUGCAGCGCGGGCAUGCCCGUCGGAUACCUUCCCACCCUCAACGAGGAUGAAGAGUGGCGGGGCGCCGAGGCCGGGCUGCUCCUGAUGGGCGAGCCCUUCGACGCGUUGGCGCUUGCCAGCGAGCUGGGAAACAAGCUACUGAUGGCCACCUGGGAGCCCGAGAAUGACGCCAAAGAGUACUACCCGACCUUGCAGUCCAAGCCCGUGCCGCCGUACCACGUGAACGCCGGCCACACCUGCGCGCCGGCCACAAGCGCCAACGACAGCGAGCAGAGCAUAUCGAGCGACGCCAUGACGGACGACAGCAUGUCCAUGACCGACAGUAGCGUAGAUGGGAUUCCUCCGUACCGCUUCAAGAAGCAGCAGCGGAGGGAGAUGCACCGGAGCAUCCGGGCGAAUGGACGGGUGGCCCUACCACACUUCCCUAGGACAAGUCGCCUGCCCAAGGAGAUGGGACCCGUGGAUCCGAAGAAGUUUGCGGCCGACCUGAUCUCGCGCCUCGAGCUGGUGAAACGGGAGCGCGACGCCCAGGAGGGCUUGGAGGAGCGGCUCCAGAGGCUGCGCGAGGAGGAGGAGAGCCUGACGGCCGACGUCUCGGCGAUGAGUGGCUGCGGCGGUCGCGAGCUGCUGCUUCCGCUCUCGCACCAGCUGCACCCCUUCGCGCUGCUCAUGCGCGCCGGUGGCGUCGGCGGCGGCGGCGGCGCGGACGCGGUGGUGGCCGUGACGGCGGUCGCCCCCGAGGACGACCCCGAGUCGAUCCUGGACGAGCACGUGUCACGCGUGAUGGGCACGCCCGGCCAGCGCUCGCCGCUGCGGGGCCGUUCGCCCGAGCGCCGGCUCGUGCCCCGGCUGCAGUCCGUGUUCGGCACGCCGCUCCUCCCGGCGCUGAACCCGCAGCAGCAGCACCAGCAGCUCGCGCUGCAGGGACAGCUGGCGCCGGCGACGUCUCUUGCGGCGCCGGCCGCGGUCGGGUGUGGACGGCCGGGUCACAAGACCCACGUGCAAGUGCACCAUCACCACGUGCACCACCACGGGCCCGAGGGCGACGCGGCCGCCCCCCAGAGGCCUCCGUACGCGUUCGCUGGCGCGGCCGCGGAACCCUACGGUGGCGUGCGGACGAGCGGGCCCGACGCGUACGGCAGUGGCAAAGGCAUUCCGGCGGAAGAGGCUGACCGUGCACGGCUCAUCUGGAAGUGGAUGAUGGAGGGCGAAAGGGAGAGUGGCAAACACCACAAGUCCCCGCACAGUGGCGUCGUGGGGAAGAAGGCCCCUGUGUGCGACACGUCACGGGGGAGCUCGUCUGAGCGCGUGUGGGGUGGCGGUGGCGGAGUUGGCGGCGGCGGCUGCGGUGGCGCCGGCGGCACCGGUGGCGCCGUCGGUCACGGCACUGGCCCCCCCUACGCGCGCCGUGCCGUGCAACCCUCCCACCCGUUCCUGCAGGACCCGGCCAUGCCGCCUCUGCCAGCGCCGAACACCACCGUGCAACUCGAGGAGGCCAAGCGGCGCCUGGAAGAGGAGUGGCGCGCUGGGCGCACGCAUGCCGGCAAGCAGAGGUACGCGCAGGAAGUGAUGCAACGCGGCAGGAGCAUGGGGCGACCGGGCGCUGUUCCCGUGCCGAGCAUGGUGCCUGCCGUCUCGGACAUGGACCUCUCGCAGUCCCCGCAAGACCGCAAGCCGGUGAAGAAGGCCGCGGGGUCGGCGUGCACGGCGCCGGAGGGUGGCGGCGGCGGUGGCACCAGCGGCAGCAGCAUCGUGGUGGCGUACUACUUCUGCGGAGAGCCCAUCCCCUACCGCACGACGGUGAAGGGGCGCGUUCUCUCGCUCGGCCAGUUCAAGGAGCUCCUCACCAAGAAGGGCAACUACAGGUAUUACUUCAAAAAAGCAAGCGACGAGUUCGAGUGCGGAGUCGUCUUCGAGGAGGUGCGGGAGGACAGCGCCGUUCUUCCCGUCUUCGAGGAGAAGAUCAUCGGCAAGGUGGAGAAGGUCGACUAGAGAAAAAAAAAAAGCGCCCCCGGCGGCACGGAGCCCCCCCGCGGGGGGUGGGGGUGGUGGGAGGAGUGGCAGGCCCAUGACCGCGGGUCCAUCCGUCCCACACCAGCGUCCGUCCGGCCGAGAGGAACGAACGUGGACGCGAUACAGUUUGCCCCUUCUCCCCCUCCUCGUCCGUGCCCGUGUGCACCCCCACGCCCCCCCUGAGAGACGACCGGCGGUUUUCUCCGCUCGCGGUCGCGUUGAUGGGUGGGCGGCGGCGGCGGCGACGGCGACGGCGACGACGUCGUAGGCGAGGAGACUUCUCUCGUAGAGGUUCCGUCUCAAGUUUCCGCUGUUUGCUGCUCAAGACGAAAGCGAGAGGCGCCGGAACGCUGGAAGACGGCGGUACAUUUUGUUUUCGAGAAAGACGUUUGCGGAACGGAACAUCUGUGACUUGGGAGGAGGGGGUGGGGGGUGUGGAGAAGGAAGAAGAUGUAAAAAUAAAAUGCUCCCUCUGCUGCUAAAUACGACUGGGAUGACCGAGGAAGAUUAACGUGUUUUUGAAACUAAUGUCCACCACACUGCAAAGGGCACAUUGGCCAACGGGCCGUGGAGGACAAACAAAGGUUGAGCUUAAUUUAAUGACAUUCUCAAGAAGAGAGGCAAUACGGUGCUUGUUUUAAGGCUUCCUUUUCAGUAUCUGCCGUUGCAUCGGUGCGUAAAGUUUGAGACUGUUAUGCAAAAAUGGAUCAAAACUGUAUGAGACAUUGUGCGUGCGCGCGCGUGUGUGUGUGGCGCGUGUGGGAGAAAAUGUUUAAACACGAUGUUUUGUUUUUUUAAGCAUGUGAAAUGAGAAACUGUUUACAUAAGCUGUGUAAGCUUUUAUCGGAUGAUAAUAUGGGGUUAAACCGAACACUGACUAACAGGGUUUGAUUCAACUAAACCUGUACAGGCUUGAUGUUUAUUGUUAUAUUUUUUAUUAUUUUUCUUUCAUGUGUGUGACUGCCAGAUUCGUUGUUUUUAUUUGUUUGUCAUAGAUGUGAAAGUCAGUGUGGUGUUCCUAGAGUAAAAAUAUACUUUAUCCGGCCCUCUGUACAUUUAGUCUUCGAAUUUUUAAGCCGUUAAAUGCCGAUUAUGUUUUAAUUACACUGGAUUGUGUGCGGCUUUGCCUGCUUUAGGCAUUGCCGUAAACUGGCUAUUUAACCGGGGUAAUCUCUGGUCAUUCAGUUGCACGUGAAAUAAUUUUCAUUUUUUUUUGUGGCAGCCGCGUCUCGUAGGACCCCUUCCUCUGGCCAUUUGUAAGCAAGCUCUUUAAACGGAAACAAAUUUGAGAUUCGCCGCAUAAUUGGUAAAUACGUGUGCGUGAAGAGUUAAAUUAAUUAAUUGGGCGGGGCCCCGGGGGAGCGAGGGGGGGGCCGGGGGGUAAUAUUUAACUCUGAAGCUGGUUCAUGUUGCAGCCGAUUGGCCACCGAGAGGGCCGAGUCGGGAACUGCAUCGUUCUGAGCGGCAUUUAAAACCUUUGCGGUGUCGUGCCCGUAGCCGCGCCAGGCAGCAGCGGUAGCCUCGGAAGGCUGCAUGCGUCUCGAGCCACAAGAUUGAUUUCAAAGAGAGCAGUGAAAGCACCACCCCCCCACUCUCCCGUCUGCCUGCAUCUUCUCUCUUGCUUGUUCUCGCUGGGUCCAUCACGGCUGUUUGUGUGUCUGCAAAUGGCUGACCCCACUGACACAUGUACUGUGUGGUUCCGGCGAGUACCUCGUUGUGUCCAUCGCCUUCGUGAGCCGAGGGCUUCUUUGAGUUGACGCGCCCGCCGCCUGCCGCGCCUUUUAUUUUUCAAGUUGGCCAGUUUCCGCGUUUGCGAUGCAACGCGAACCCACAAGCCCAUCGUAAGUGGCUCGCCACACAAAUUCCUGUAAUGGCACAACUGUCACCACCCAAUAGCCAUGAUCAUUCCACUGCUGAAUGAAGGUUACCCCACGCGGUUGCCAUUCUUCAUGAUCUUGCGAUGCCAUUCUUCAUGAUCUUGCGAUGCCAUUGUCUAUCUCACUUCUGAGCAUUGGCUCGUAUCAUUGCUCCCAUCUUUUUGUCAAUGUCCCAAGUUGAUCCAUGUCAGAGCAGGAAAUAUGCAUAUAUUGAAAACUUUCCUCUGAAGAUGAAUCGGAAUGUUGCUACUCAUCGUCGGGUUUACACAAAGCACUCCAGCCUGCUGUUGCUUGCCAUUUUAUUCCAUCAAAUUAAUUCAAUACUAUAGAAGGGUAAAAAACCAAUUAUCAUAAUUUUUACUGGCAAAUGAGGUUCCCAUAGUGUAGAUGCUUGCCCCGAGCUCUCAUACUCUGAUGGUGCAUUGUCUUUGAGUUGUGCGCCUUUUGGCGUCAUCUGGUCCAACCCAUGUGAGACUAGGCUCUAAGGAAAGCUGUCUCGGGUGUGGACCAAUCAACUUCAAUGACAGUGCACAUUAUCAGAGUUAUGUCUUUUGUUUGUAUUAUGACUGCAGGCAUUGCGGUCUAUGCAAACAUGACUCCUUGUAAAAAGGUGUCAGUUUUGUUGCCAGAUAGAAGGGUAAAAAAACAAUUGUCAUAUUUUUACUGGCAAAUGAGGUUCCCAUAGUACUAUACUCAAAUCAAAUUCCAAUAUGCCCAGCUUUUCUACACAACGGGAAUGCAUUUGUUUCAUAAUUUUUUUUUAAAGUUUGAAUCAAAAUGUGCAACGCUUGAACAGGCUGCUCGGGGCGAGACGGCGUGGAAUACGCAGAAGCAUGAAGCAAGAGAGAUGUGGUCUCGCAGAGGGGGCCCGCACACGACAACAACGGACGAUACUUUCCCAAAAGUGGAUCGGAAAAAUAAAUUGACAAACCCAGAAUUUGCUGACCACACGGCCACGAUACACACCCAGUGCAAAUCAAUUACAGGAAGCAGUUGAACAACUUUCAGACACAACCGUGUAAUCCAUUUGGAAGAAUCGGUCCGUUCCCUACACACGAGUAGGGUUCGACAGACGUAAUGACCGUACUAGAGCCCUGUGCUUGACUUGUCACAGUGCCCGAAAAUAUUGAACGCUGACCAUGUUAGCGCCGAAAAGCGAAUUCGCAAUGAUUUUAAGCUCUUGUUUGUACAAAGUCUACGCUUGCGUGUGUGCGUGCGUACGUGUGUGUGUGUGUACAUCAUUUUAAACGGCCACGUACUUUCUGCAAAGUAAAAUGACGCUGAAGCAGCAGCCAGGAAUACUGUCGUGUGAGCUAAGUUAUUUUUGUUGUGUAUAUCCAAUGUACAGCGCCGCCAUUUCACACGCAUUGUACAGAAUGUGUUGAGGCAGCUAUAGCUACUUUUUGGACUGCGUGUUGUUUGCAACAUGGCAGUGUUUCCAUUAUGUAUUGUUUUGCUAGGAUUUUUCAGCCACUACUUAAGACGAUAGAAAAAAAUCGCAAAUUGCCCUCUGCCACCCCUUAUUGUACAUGUGUGUAUAGAUGACUUGUAAUUUAAGACGCUAUGUGGAAUCGAUGCAUUGUGUAAAUGAUUUUUUUGUAUCACUGAAAAGUGCAACUCCCCCCACUCCACCCCCACCUCUCUCUCUCACCAGUAAUGUAAAUGCAGUAUUUCUUGCUCAUACUCAUGAUUCAAUAAAUUAUUAAACGGUUUUAAACUAAUUUAAGGCGCCACCGGUAGCGAUUGGCAAAGCUAAGUUUUAAAACUGCGUUGCCACGAAUGGACUUAUUUCGUGAAGCCGGUGUAACUGCUCCUACUUAAUGCGGAUUCUGGAUCUUUAUCUUUCUCUCACAAUUACGCCCCGGAGUGAAUUGCCCCAAUAAUGUUUCAUUAACAGCCACAGCACAUGUGUUUGAAAUUGGGUUAAUCGAGUAAAUUAAUAAUGCAUCGUCGUCAUCAUCGGAAAAAUUAGGCCCAGUUAAAUUGCGUCCAUGGUGAUAUGGGUGCUAAAAAUUUGCCUCGCAUUUUUUUCCGGUAACAAUGGGACGUAAAGUUGCUUCUACUCCAUUGCUUCGCCUGAUGUUGACAUUCAGUGUGACGCAACUGGCAAUCGAAGCUCGCCGUCUCGUGAAUGAAUUUCAUAAUUGGCAAUUCGGUGAGCAUUUGCGCCACGUUAAGAUGCUGCUGCUGCUCGCAUGCUGAACAAACGGUGGGAGAGGAGGGGGGUGCAGUUCACGUGGUCACCUCGCUGAGCGUGACAUUGGUGGUGAAAGGGGUCUUAUACUCAUGGAGUGAAUUACGGUAAACGGUAGACCCGAUUCCAAUACAUUAACAUUGACCAAAACAACGGUCAUUAAGACCCUUUUAAAAAAAACAACAGCAACACAUUGACAUUUAUUGGACGUACAAAAAAUGUUAUCCACUUAAUAAAAGAAAACGCUGCGAUGCAGUGCAGUUGGAAUCGUUAACAAAAUCGAGGGCUCGUGUAAAACGUUACAUUGGCGGCGCAAAGCAGGAUGUCUUGUUCAAAGGUUCGCUGUGUAUUCGUUGACAUUCUGUACACGGGUGGCCCAAGUGCGUAACGUUGGGCAUUUAAAGCCCUCUCUUGAAGUCCCCUCUGUGCGUUUGAAGAACGCCGCCUUUCGCUUGUUCGGGGGUGGGGGGGGGGCAGAACAUCAGACUGGGUUUGAGACCACAUUUUUGUUUGGUUUCAGACCCUAAAGUUGUACCUUUUAUUUCGGUAUAUUUGGAUCAUGUACAUUUAUUAAUAUUGUUCAUUUCACCAUUUGACUCCCCCCUGCCCCCUGCCCCCAAUGUGUAAGGUACAGUAAAGCUGUAUGUGUAAAGAUGUAGCAUUCUAUAAAAUAAAUAUUAUUUUUCCGAGUAAAUGA